GCUACCAUGCAUUCUAAAACCUGUUCUGGCCUCGGUUUAGGUGCCACAAAAACUCUAGUAUCAUCGUUGUUAAUUUCUUUAGUUCACAUACACUAACUUUACGUAGAGGAAGCAAUGCCACUUUUAUUAAUACACAUACUAACUUUGGUAAGAGCAAGCAAUGUUAAUAUGCAUAUCACUUGUCUGCAUACCUGUGGUAGAGCUGAUCUUCCAAGUAUAGACAACAGAAUCAUUUCUCCUCCCAAGCAUAUGUUAUCGGCUCCAGUAUGGCCAGCAACACAGCCAAGACCAUGCAACUCCUUCAUUUGGGGAGCAUGCUCAAUUUGUUUCCCGUGCUGCUCCUCAUCUCCUUCGGCUUUGUACUAGGCAAGAUUGGCAGCGCAACCUUCUCUCCAGAAUCCUACCUCCCUAAUUUCCGAGCACUGUCGCCAACCCCAGCAUCGAAAAAAGCAUGUGUCAAGCUGCCGACGUUUAUGGAGUCUGGGCGCUUGACGGCGAGCAGUGGUGGUCCGAUGCACAACAUGACUGACGAGGAGCUCCUGUGGAGGGCGUCCAUGGAGCCUAGGCGGUCCACCCAGGUGUCGACCGUGCCCAAGGUCGCCUUCCUCUUCCUGGUGCAAGGGGCCCUGCCAUUGUGGCCGUUGUGGGAGAUAUUCUUCAACGGACAGGAUAAAGAGCUGUAUUCCAUCUACGUGCACGCAAGUCCCGGCUACACCGACUUGGCCCCAAAGGAGUCCGUCUUCUACGGCCGCCUGAUACCAAGCCAGGGCACGAAAUGGGGCGACAUGAACCUGGUGGACGCGGAGCGGCGACUCCUGGCGACGGCGCUGUUGGACCUUGGGAACGCGCGGUUCGCACUCUUCUCGGAGUCGUGCAUCCCGCUCCUGGGCUUCCCAGCCGUAUACGCCCACCUCACUGGCGGCUCCAACACCAAUGUUAUCUUCGUCGACAGCUACCCCAUCAAAGAGCGACAUGACCCCUUCUUCGCCGACCGCAACAUCAGCCUCGCGCAGUGGCGCAAGGGGUCCCAGUGGUUCGAGAUGGACCGGACCACCGCUGUUGAGGUCGUUGCCGAGGAACGGUGGUACGCCGUGUUCCGGGGAGACCACGGCAUGCUGAACAUGGAGGAGCACUACUUACCGACGCUGGUGACCCUGUUGCGCUGGGGUGCGCGGUGCAAGAACCGGACGCUCACGUACGUGGACUGGAGCACCCGGCGCGAGCACCCCAGAAGCUUCCCAGAGAAGGACAUCACGGCUGAGCUGCUCGAGGGGAUGAGACAAGGGGAUGGCAAGUGCGGGUACAAGUACCAUGGCGACGAUGACGGUGCCAGCGAGGUGGAGUUCUGCCACCUGUUCGCGCGUAAGUUCUCAAAGGACGCCCUGACAAAGCUGAUCCAGCUCGCGCCUGAGCUUUGGCUGGUCUGAUCCAGAUGCAUAUAGUACUCGCGCGUCCCUCCUGUUAGGCACAUAAAAGGUAUGAUUUGGGUGUCCAAGCUGAUGGCAAUGCUCAAUAGAAGCAUUUUACCAUAUAACAAACUUCAAUUAUUUGAAAGAAAAUGUACCGGCCAAAGUGCAGAUGACAUGACAAUCCCUAAACUAUU